AUGUGGUGCCAUGAUCCUCUACGCGUUGUCAACCUGUCAUGGAGGCCCCACAGCAAGGGUUCCAUCGUCGUGCUCACGGUCUUCCUCCUCUUCUGGGUCGGCAUCGACGCCAGCGUCUACACGGCCUUCUGUGGCAUCCUCUUCCCAUGGUCCACGCUGCGCCGGUGCCUGGCCUCUGCUCAUGGAGCGCUCCUGCAUCACCUCCGCGGCGUGAGCCGGCUUCUCUGCCUGCCUUGCCGGCCCAGCCUAUGGAGCCAGAGCGGCGGCGGCAGCACCGUCGGCGACGGCACCCUGCCGCAGUUUCUGGACCAAAUACAGCGGAGUCACAUGCCCGCGCUUGCCCGGGAGACGCCAGCGCAUGGCGGCGCGCGGUUGGCAACGGCGUAUGACGUCCUGGCGUACGAGCAGCCAGAGGGCGGCGGCGGCACGUCGGAGUGUGCGCUCUGCCUCGGGAAGGUGGAGAAGGGGGAUAAGGUGAAGCGGCCUCGGGAAGGGGGGCAAGGUGAAGCGGCCUCGGGAAGGUGGAGUGCGGCCUUUGUUGGCGCGCGAUUCUUGCGGUUUUGGCUGGGCCUCAGUUUGGACGACAUCGGAGCUCAGUCUGGUGCCUCGCCUAUCAGGACAUGGUCGCGGUGA